AUCUGAACGGGUCCCAACAAGUCACACAUAGCAACGCUGACAUCAACACCAAGCUAUCAAAUUUCACGGCAAAACGUCUAUACAAGAAACCUCCAUGGACCUCUUUUAACCACCCUAUCGUUUGGAUAAGAGCUCUGCCAUGGAUUCCGGAAAAGCAAUUGAAGAUGCAAAGGGAUACAUGGCGAGAAAACAAGUUUACCAGUUGUUUGAGAGUAUGCUGACUGGGCUUGUUCACAACCAGCCUGAAGACCCAGUAGAUUUCCUCCAGCAAUGUCUGCAAAAGGUUAAAGAAAACAGAAAUGGUGUGAAGUGGGAUUCCUUCCUACGGUUGGAUGAUAAACAAAGCAAAUUACUACAAACUGAUGAGAAAAUUUCAAACUUUGACAAGAUAUUUGACACUGAAGCUGAGAUUCAACAGCAGUGACAAUCUGGAACAAGAUUAUAUUGAGGAUGAAAAGCACUAAAAACAGCAAUGCUUGCAAAAGAAGCACAUGAUGUCAACACGGAUCACAACUGAGCCAUAUGUUGAUUCCCUGCUGGCAGAGGUUUUCAAGCACCUGGAAAAAUGAGAGAUAAGGGGAGACCUAUGUCAACUCCUGAAAAGUUCUUUGAUGUACUGCCUUCCAAUGUUUCGGAUGAAACACAACCUGUUUUGAAAUACCUGUUCUUUGUUACUACCCUGACAAAAUGCACAUUUUCUCACUCAUUGAGCAUAUUCAAUUCCGUUCUUAAUUCCACUCUGCCUGAUGGACAUCAAGGACUCAGAAAUAUACAGUUGCAAGCCUAGGUUUCAGAUGAAUGGUUGGCUGGUGAAGUAUUAAAGAUUUUUCAUUGUUUUAUUUUUCUCUCUAUUUAACUCCAUGGGAUUAUCAAUGGUAUGCGCAUGGUAUUGUCCCCAAUCAAACCUUGCUGUAUUUAUGCAUCUUUAAUCUGUCCGUAGGUAUACUGGUAGUAGAAUUUGAAACCGGAACUGGUUUUGUCAUUACAUAUAUAGUAGGACUACCAAACUUAAUAAAUAGGUUUGCCAUGAACACCAGCACUUACUCAAUAGGAUCUCCUCUCUCUCAUUUUUGUCAGUGCAAAAGAGAUUUCUGCUUGCAGGGUUUCUGUUUGCAAGUUUAUUAAAGACUGUCAUCACAGCCCCUCAGCAGAGAUCAAGCUCAUCAUAUUUUCAUUUUAAUUCCAAACAUCUAUAGAGCAAAUGGCAAAUGGCAGUUACAAGACAGAAGGGUGAUUAUGGGGUAAUAAUUUUUUUUUAUAAACAUUAAGGUUAUAUAUUGUUGAACUCCAGUGAUGCUAGAGAAAAAUAUUGAUGGCCUUAAAUAGAUUAUUGCAUGAUUGAUCCAUAUUUUGAUUGAAAUGUAAUGAGACCCAUCAUUGUUGCCUUUUGGUCAUAGAUCUGCCAAUUGCCAAUCGCCAUUUGCAUUUGCACUGACAACAUUUAUUGAAAUAGCUGUUAACCACAUUUUGUAGAAGUGGUGGAAGCAGGAUUUAUAAAAGGGUUAAGCUGCAACAUUAUAGAGAGUAAUGGGGGGUAUAAUUGUAUAUAACAUAUGGCUGGACUUUUGCUUUAGAAUAUAGGUGACAAGAGGCCCCCUUUAGACUCCCUUGAUCUAGCCAAGGGUGGGGGAGUGGUUGAAUUUUCUGACUCUGUGCUAGGUAUCAUUGCUGUAAAUUAAUUUUGUUGAGAGAAACCCCAUUUAUUUUUGGGGGGGGGAUACGAAGUACUUUUGGUGGGGCUAGGCGGAGGUAGAGAUGUAUUUGUGAAAUUUCAACUUUGCUGGAGUAUAAAGUGGCAGACACUUUCGUCUUGCAAAAUUAGCACAGACUUUACCACAAAAAGCAACAUUAACUAGAUUUAGGUUCUUAAAGAGUUAGUUAUUACCUGUAAAAAAAUACAUUCUUAGUAUCCAUAUUCUUGUUUAAUGAAAAAAGAAGAAAGAUAAAA